AUGGAAUCACAGUUGAUUGUCAAUGGGUCUUAUGCUAUCGAUGACAUACAUCCCUGCUACGAAUCAGAUAAUACAACAUAUGUUUUUACAAGUACCCCUUCCAUAGUAUGUGUAUUAGUAUAUAUUUUCCUUGGUUUAUUAUCUGUUGUCACAAUAUGUGGUAAUCUUCUUGUAAUAAUCUCUGUCAUUUAUUUCAAACAGCUCCACAUCCCUACUAACUACCUCAUUCUGUCUCUGGCUGUGGCUGACCUGCUUGUAGGAGUUUUAGUCUGUCCUUUCAGCAUGGCAUUCACUGUAACUUCAUGUCGGUAUAAUGAAGAUUUAUCUUGUAAAAUACGAGACAGCUUUGAUGUAUUACUAUGCACAUCUUCUAUUCUGAACUUAAGCUGUGUUUCCAUAGACAGAUAUUAUGCAGUGUGUCAGCCUCUGACAUACAGAACUAAAAUAAAUGUUCACGUUACUGUGAUUAUGAUCCUGGUGAGCUGGGGUAUUGCUGUUCUAAUUGGAAUCGGCAUCAUAAUUGCAGGAUUUAGCCAUGUUACAGCAACAUGUGAAGAAAUGUGCACAGUUGAUGUUGUAAUAGCAAACACUAUGGGACCUGUCUUCUCGUUUUACCUCCCAGCAAUAAUAAUGCUCUCUAUCUACCUAAAGAUUUUCCUUGUUGCUCAGAAACAGGCACGAAGCAUCCAGAAUGCAAAGUCUGGAGCAACUGUCAGUAAGAUGCAGAGAAAGGCCACAAAAACUCUGGCUAUAGUUAUGGGAGUUUUUCUCUUGUGUUUGACUCCUUACUUUCUUUAUAUUGUCUUUCAGCCUUUAACUUAUAAAACUCCACCAAUGCCUGUGAUUGAAACACUUAACUGGCUUGCUUUGUCAAAUUCAAUGUUGAAUCCCUUAAUAUAUGCUUUCUUUUACAGCUGGUUCAGGUCAGCUUUUAGAAUGAUAAUUUCUGGAAAAAUAUUCCAAGGUGACUUUUCUAACUCAAGAUUGUUCUGA